AUGAAUGCUGAUAUGAAACCAGUAAUAUACAGUGUUUCUAUCAUCCAGUUUAUUGCAAGGGCAGGGAACGUCACGGUAGUGCCUAAUUCUGAACCAUCGGUUGGUAGUCCUUCCGCUACCUGCAUGACAUCAUUUUUGACGUAUCUACAUUUGCACUGGAUGCAAAAGAGAACGGAACUAAACCUAGCUUCCGGUUUCCACUUUCUUACUUGGACAACACCAUCAUUCUAUCACAACUUCCUCAGGUCAGGAAGCCUCUUAUUGCUCAUAAAAAGUCUUGCUCAAUCUGGAGAAAUGUCUGAUAUUCAAGAGGGGGACCAUGUCAAAUACGCACCAUUCCAUCGUGUCGCUGAUCCUGAAACUGCGAAUCAGUCAACGGGAGAAGUAAAGGCUGUUCAUGACAGACCAAAGAAAGAAGACCCAGAGCAUAAGACAUAUACGAUUCAGAACGACAACACUGGGAAAGAAGCGUAUUACAGUCAAAAAUACGUAACGGAGAAACUGGAUGAUUAA